AUGCUGACAUUUGCCGUAGCAUCACUUAAAAACCCACCUCGACCAUCCUGCUCAAGGAAGUACGGUCAAAAGCAUGUCAAAGAGAGUGAGUUUCCAUGGAGUUAUUAUAAAUGCACACAUCCAAACUAUGAAGUGAAGAAAUUAUUGGAAAGUUCUCAUGCUGAGCAGAUCACUGAUAUUAUUUACAAGGGUACACAUGACCAUCCUAAACCUCAAUCUGGUCGCCGAAACUUUGCUGGUCCUGGUACGCUUGUAUUAGAAGAGAAGAGCAUCUACACCUUGCCUCAAGCCAUUGAGAAAAUUGGUAACCCUGAAGCACCUACUGAAGACGGCAGAGUAGUUCUAGUGUCAGAUAGAAAUAAAGAUGACCCGAGGUUGGAGGGGACCAUGGAAGUAACUCCACUUGUGAAACCUAUCCGGGAGCCACAUGUUAUUGUUCAGACUCUAAGUGAGGAGUUAUUACAAGUGCACAACUGCUGGAUGCCCAGUGAGAAAACACGUGGAGAGGGCAUCGCAUGA